CCCGGCCCGGACGGCGGGCUGGCGGGCGGAAGGGUGGGUGGCGCCGGCGGCGCGCUCGUAGGCGCGCGGAUGCUCGGGGCUCGCCACGGAGCCUGUGGGGUCCUGGCCGCCGCGCUGCCGGAACAACAGCCUCGCUACUUGGGGCGUGGGUAGGGGGCUGCUCGCCCCGGCUUGGCUGCUCUACGCUUUCGGAGAGGGCUGAGCCUUCUCCCGGGGCGACGUGGACGGGACACGCAGGUGAGGACGCGGCGUGGGGCCGCGGAGCUGGAAGCCCGCCCCGGCCUCCCUUCUCGGGGCUCAGCCAGCCGCCUGCCCCCGCCCGAGUCCCUCCCAGCGCUUCUGGCCGCUAGCCGCUCGGAUCACGUUGGAAUCGGUGCCCGAGUCGCCUGGCCUGCCUUCCCAGGAGGGUCCCUAAGGUGUUUGCAAUGGCCACAGCUGUGAACUUAGAGCUUGAUCCCAUUUUCUUGAAAGCACUAGGUUUCUUACAUUCCAAGAGUAAAGAUUCUGCUGAAAAGCUAAAAGCAUUGCUGGAUGAGUCUUUGGCUCGGGGCAGUGAUUCAAGUUACCGUCCAACGCAGAAGGAUGUGGAACCACCCAAAAUUUCAAGCACAAAAUCUAUUUCUAUUAAGCAAGAGCCCAAAACGUCAUCUAGUCUUCCUUCUGGCAAUAACAAUGGCAAAGUCCUUUCAACUGACAAGGCCAAGAAGGAGGCUGAGAAGAGGCCUGCUGAUAAAAUGAAGUCAGACAUCACUGAAGGAGCUGAUAUUCCAAAGAAACCUAGAUUGGAGAAACCAGAUACACGAUCCUCUCCCAUUACUGUCCAGACCAGCAAGGAUUUAGCUAUGGCUGACCUUUCGAGCUUUGAGGAGACAAGCGCUGAUGAUUUUGCGAUGGAGAUGGGAUUGGCCUGUGUUGUUUGUCGACAGAUGACAGUGGCAUCAGGUAAUCAGUUAGUGGAAUGUCAGGAGUGCCAUAAUCUCUACCACCAGGACUGCCACAAGCCUCAGGUGACGGACAAGGAAGUGAAUGACCCUCGCCUGGUGUGGUAUUGUGCCCGAUGCACCCGGCAGAUGAAGAGAAUGGCUCAGAAAACUCAGAAGCCCCCACAGAAGCCAGCUCCUACAGUGGUGUCCACAGCCCCAGCCGUCAAGGAUCCCUUGGUUAAGAAACCAGAAACGAAGCUCAAGCAAGAGACCACCUUCUUAGCGUUCAAGAGGACAGAAGUCAAGACAUCUACCGUUAUAUCAGGAAGUUCUUCUAGCACCAGUGUUUCCUCUUCUGCAACCAGUGGCCUCACUGGAUGGGCUGCUUUUGCAGCCAAAACAUCCUCUGCUGGGCCAUCAACAGCAAAACUGAGUUCAGCAACACAAAACAGUGGGGGGAAGCCAGCUGCCUCCGCAGCCAACCAGAAGCCCGUGGGUCUGACAGGACUGGCGACAUCAUCCAAAGGUGCACUAGGAUCCAAGAUAGGUCCAGGCAGCAGCACUUCCCCCACCGUGUCACUGAAACCGCCACCUCCUCUGACCCUGGGCAAAACCGGCCUUAGCCGCUCCGUUAGUUGUGACAAUGUCAGCAAGAUAGGUCUUCCAAGUCCUACUAGUUUAGUACCAGGAAGCAGCAGCCAGCUGAGUGGGAAUGGAAACAGCGGCUCAUCGGGACCCAGUGGAAAUUCCACCAGCAAAACCACCGAAGCCAGCAGCACGCCCUCAGCAUCCCUUAAGGGUCCAACGUCUCAGGAGUCACAGCUCAACGCCAUGAAGCGCUUGCAGAUGGUCAAGAAGAAAGCUGCCCAGAAGAAACUCAAGAAGUGAAGUGGUUGUAUGUCUUAUUGCCAUGGAGAGGAAGUGGCCACUAUAGGACAAUGGACUGCCGGAUUCCAUAAUUUAAUAAAAGUCUUGAUAAUCCCUC